AUGGUGGCCUGUGAUUGGUCCAACACCUUCUACAUUUACAGUACAGGGAUUGGACAGCAGCACAGGUUCCCUCUGAUUGGUGGAUUUCGAGGAGACGUGACUAAUAAUAAUAAUAGAGUUAUUGCACGGCAUCUGAUUGGUGAACACAUCGGCGAGCUCGUUCCUGAUUGGCUCGGGCGUCCCUGUGGGCGGGAGCUAAUGGCGGACGUCAGCCCUCCAAACCCGGUGCCCACUCUUCCCCGGCACGUUGUCCUGCCGAUCGCUGAGCAGAGGAGGUUCACGGACGAAUCACUCCUUUACUCAUCCACCGUUUGA